UUUGCCGCAGCUGCGGCGUCGUCUUCGUCCUUCUCCUUUCCUCACCUCCAGUGGCUCCGGUUAAACUGCAAUCAGCUGCAGUAGAGAGAGAGAGAGUUCAGCGUGCUUCAGUUGUAUAACAACACAACAGCAAUAAGUAACUUUAGUAUGUCAGAACUGAGUGCAGGGAUCACAGACAUCAGCAACCAGACCAGCGAAAAUGUCCUCAAGGUGUACUGCCAGAAAGACGGGGAUGCUGUGGCCGAGGAGCAAACACGGCUCAUCGAGGCAUCAAAAAAAAGAAGCGCUUCCGAGGCAGACUUGCCAGAAAUCUUGACUAUUAAUAAGGCACCUAGGGGAGAGACGAAUACUGCAAGGAUUAAGGAUCACACCGACGUUGUUGCCAGUCACUACAACACCUUAGAGGAAAAGGGUUUGUAUGCAAGGAACGAAAGCCGCAUCGUCACCAUGAGGAACUUCAAUAACUGGAUCAAGAGCAUGAUAAUCAAUGAGUACCUAGAAAAAGUCAAGGAAAAGAAAAAUUACGGUGAUCCAGUGCGCGUACUAGACAUGUGCUGUGGCAAAGGUGGAGACUUACUUAAAUGGAAUAAAAGUAAGAUAAAUUAUUUGAUUUGCGCUGACAUUGCCGAGGUGUCGGUCGAACAGUGUAGCGAGCGUUUCAAAACAAUGAGUAGUAAGAGGGAACCGGUUAAUUUCAAAGCAGAGUUUCAUGCUUACGACUGCAGUAAAGUUCGUCUAAGGGAAAAAUAUAAAGAUCCUAGUAUGCAGCUGGAUCUUGUGUCCUGUCAAUUUGCAUUUCAUUACAGUUUUGAAUCUCUGCCUCAAGCAGAGUGUAUGAUGAAGAAUGCAAGCGAGAGUCUCAAACCAGGAGGCUAUUUUAUUGGAACAAUACCAAAUGCUUAUGAAUUAGUCUCACGAUGGCAGAAAAGUGACGAUAAUAAGUUUGGCAACGACAUUUAUAGUAUUGAGUUUCAAUGUGACAAGGAUAAGCCACCAUUGUUUGGCGCAAAAUACAACUUCCAUUUGGAAGGAGUAGUUGACUGUCCAGAAUUUCUGGUCUACCUGCCUAUGUUUCGCAAAUUAGCUCUGAAGUAUGGUUUGGAAAUGAUUUUUUUUGAUAAAUUUGAAGAUUAUUACAAGAAAAUGAUGAAAGAUGAAAAAAACGGGAGAAUGAACAACCAAAACAGAGGCCUUCUCUUUAGGAUGAGAGCUCUGGAAACAUAUCCACCAGCACAGGGAGCUCAACUUGUAAAUAACCCCGACGAGUUUCAACAUGCAAAAGAUUAUUUGCAAAAAAACGAAAACAUACGUCGAAUCGGAACACUUUCCAAAUCUGAAUGGGAGGCGAUAACGAUUUACGCUGUUUUCGCGUUUCAAAAAAUGAAAACCGUUUGGAACGCCGAAGGCAAGCCCGAGUAUGUUAAAUGUUAAACAAACGCGCGAAUCAUCGAUAUUUUUUUUAAUUUGCACAUAUGCUUGAUGAAUUAUACACCAUAGAUCUUUAUUUACUUUAUUAUUGUAAUUAUUAUUAUUAUUAACUUGACCCUGAAAUUGUACAUUUUUAAUCAUAUACCCGAAUUAUGCAUCUGAAUUUUUUAUACACAAGCGCAUUUUGCUUGCCGUUUACUCAUAUAUUUUGUCAUGUGAUGUAGAUAUACAUAUACUUACUGUAAAGCACGAUUUAUACAAUUACUCUGUUAACUAUUUUUUUGUUAUUACUUUUCAAUAAAGGACUCAUGUAUACAA